GUGGUACCUGGAGUGAUGCUGCCUCUCUGCUCCUCCCUCCAGCUGGGACCUGGCAGGCCCCUGCCCACCUUCCCCACCUCGGAAUGCACCUCGGACGUGGAGCCGGACACGCGGGAGAUGGUGCGAGCCCAGAACAAGAAGAAGAAGAAGUCGGGAGGCUUCCAGUCCAUGGGCUUGAGCUACCCGGUGUUCAAAGGCAUCAUGAAGAAAGGCUAUAAGGUGCCAACGCCCAUCCAGAGGAAGACCAUCCCCGUGAUCCUGGAUGGCAAAGACAUGGUGGCCAUGGCCCGGACGGGCAGUGGCAAGACAGCCUGCUUCCUUAUCCCCAUGUUCGAGCGGCUCAAGACCCGCAGCGCUCAGUCGGGGGCCCGUGCCCUCAUUCUCUCGCCCACCCGGGAGCUGGCUCUGCAGACCAUGAAGUUCACCAAGGAGCUGGGCAAGUUCACCGGCCUCAAGACUGCCCUGAUCCUGGGUGGGGACAAAAUGGAAGACCAGUUUUCAGCCCUGCAUGAAAACCCUGACAUAAUCAUUGCCACCCCUGGCCGCCUCAUGCAUGUGGCUGUGGAGAUGAACCUGAAGCUGCAGAGUGUGGAGUACGUGGUAUUUGACGAGGCUGACAGGCUCUUUGAAAUGGGGUUUGCAGAGCAGCUGCAGGAAAUCAUCAGCCGCCUCCCGGGGGGCCACCAGACGCUCCUGUUCUCUGCCACGCUGCCCAAAAUGCUGGUGGAGUUCGCCCGGGCCGGCCUCACGGAGCCCGUGCUCAUUCGGCUGGAUGUGGACGCCAAACUCAACGAGCAGCUCAAGACCUCCUUCUUCCUCGUGCGGGAGGACACCAAGGCCGCCGUGCUCCUCCACCUGCUGCGCAAUGUGGUGCGGCCCCAGGACCAGACGGUGGUGUUUGUGGCCACAAAGCACCACGCGGAAUACCUCAGUGAGCUGCUGACGACCCAGCGGGUGAGCUGCGCCCACAUCUACAGCGCCCUGGACCAGACGGCCCGCAAGAUCAACCUGGCCAAGUUCACCCACGGCAAGUGCUCCACCCUCAUCGUGACGGACCUGGCGGCCCGGGGCCUGGACAUCCCGCUGCUGGACAACGUCAUCAACUUCAGCUUCCCAGCCAAGGGCAAGCUCUUCCUGCACCGCGUGGGUCGUGUGGCCCGGGCUGGUCGAAGUGGCACGGCCUACUCCUUGGUGGCCCCAGAUGAGGUCCCCUACCUGCUGGACCUGCACCUGUUCCUGGGCCGGGCCCUCACCCUCGCCCGCCCCCACGAGGAGCCCUCAGGUGAGUGCGGUCGGCGUGGACGGCUGCUGGGCCGGGUGCCACAGAGCGUGGUGGACGACGAGGACUCUGGCCUGCGGAACACCCUGGAGGCAUCACUGGAGCUGCGGGGCCUGGGCCGUGUGGCCGACAACGCCCAGCAGCAGUAUGUGCGCUCGCGGCCAGCACCCUCGCCAGAGUCCAUCAAGCGGGCCAAGGAGCUGGACCUCGCGGGGCUGGGCCUGCACCCCCUCUUCAGCUUGCGCUUCCAGGAGGAGGAGCUGCAGCGGCUGAGGCUGGUGGACAGCAUCAAGCAGUACCGCUCGCGGGCGACCAUCUUUGAGAUCAACGCCUCCAGCCGGGACCUGAGCAGCCAGGUCAUGCGGGCCAAGCGGCAGAAGGACUGCAAGGCCAUCGCCAGCUUCCAGCAGGGGCGGCAGGAGCGGCAGGAGGGCCUGGCUGGCACAGCCCGGAGCUGCCCAGCGUGGCAGGCGGAGCAGCCUGGGAAGGAGGAGGAAGAGGCAGCGGGAGAGAGCGUGGAGGACGUCUUCACAGAGGUCGUGGGCCGGAAGCGGCAGCAGCCAGGACCUGAGCGGAGAGCCAAGAGGCGGAAGGAGGAGGCCCGGCAGCGGGACCAGGAUUUCUAUGUCCCCUAUCGGCCCAAGGACUUUGACAGUGAACGGGGCCUGAGCGUUGGUGGGGACGGGGGCGCCUUUGAGCAGCAGGUGGCUGGCGCUGUCUUGGACCUGAUGGGGGACGAGGCCCAGAACCUGACCAGGGGCCGGCAGCAGCUCAAGUGGGACCGGAAGAAGAAGCGGUUUGUGGGACAGUCAGGACAGGAGGACAAGAAGAAGAUCAAGACAGAAAGUGGUCGCUACAUCAGCAGCUCCUACAAGCGUGACCUCUACCAGAAGUGGAAGCAGAAACAGAAGAUCGACGACCGCGACUCGGAGGAGGAAGGGCCAUCGGACCGGCGAGGCCCAGAGCGAAGAGGCUGGAAGCGGGGCCGAGGCCAAGGUGCCUCCCAGCCGCGCGCCUCAGGCACCCCCGCAGGCCGCGUGCGCUCAGAGCUCAAGACCAAGCAGCAGAUCCUGAAGCAGAGGCGCCAAGCCCAGAAGAUGCGCUUCCUGCAGCGUGGGGGCCUCAAGCAGCUCUCUGCCCGCAACCGGCGCCACGCCCGGGAGCUGCAGCAGGGCGCCUUUGGCCGGGGCGCGCACUCCAAGAAGGGCAAGAUGAGGAAGAGGAUGUAAAGAAGAUGGCCUAGCCCCUGGCUCCUCCCGGCUCCAAGUGUGAACACACAUGCUCCUGUGUGCCGCUAUGUGCCUGGCCCUGUGCAGGGCAUUGGGGAGCUCCCUGCAGAGCCACCGCCCAUGAGGAGUGCUGUAGGCCACAGGGCAGCAGCUGCCUCUGCUGAGACAGGGACGUUUGUACAAGGUCUUGAAGGGUGCAUAGGAGUUUGCGCCCUGAAUUGGCGACUCGGCUCCUGCUGCUUCUGUGUGCUCUGGGUUCAGAGGUGGUGGUCACACAGGUCUGAGCUGUGAGUGCCCAAGGCCCAGUGAUGUAUUUUUAAGGUAAUAAACCUUUCUUGAGCA